CCCAGAGUCCUUCCCUGUCGCCCCUCCUAGGUGAAACGGGUGCCCCAGAACGAAGGGAAGGGACGCCCCUGACUCUCGUCUCAGCACUUCUGCCCCUUCGCCUUCCCGGCUGUCUUAGCCCCUCCAGGGCCAGGACCCCCUCGGGGGCUCCGACCAGGUCCCUUCCCCCUCUCCACCGCUCCCUCUCUUCCUCGGCCCCCUCCCCUCAGUGGGUCCUCCUCUUUCUCCCUCUCCCUCCUCCUCCCCCUCCCCAUCCCUUCCCCCCCACAAUGCAGUUCGCGGCGCGGCGGACAUGGCGGUGGAGUCCUGAGCUCGUCGUGUCCCGGCCUCCAGUGGCGGCGGCAGCGGCAGCGGCAGCGGGAGGCGGAGGGGGAGCGGGAGCCACUGAGAUGAGGAGGCGCCGCGCGCGCCUGUAGCUCGCGGGCCUCGCAGUUUGCUUGCCUUAACUGGAUUUGGAGCACUCAAACUACUGGAACUCUGCCAUUUUACAGUAUUACAAUUGGAACCAAGCAAGUUUUUAAAUAAUGGAAACGCCUAAGACCUCUAAAAGUGAAAAUCAUGAACCAAAGAAUGUUAUUUGUGAAGAAAACAAACCAGUUAAAGUUGUAACUAAUCAAACCUUGAAAGCUAGAAAUGAUAAAUCCAUAAAAGAAAUUGGGAGCAGUUCUCCAAAUAGAAAUAGUAAUAAAAAAACCAAACAAAAUGAUAUUUGUGUAGACAAAACAGAAUUUAAAUCAUGGAAAGUAAAUGCUGCCAGUAUUCCAGGUCCUAAAGAUUUGGGAUUAGUUCUUCGAGAUCAAAGUCAUUGCAAAGCAAAAAAAUUACCAAAUUCACCCAUGAAAGCUGAAAAGAUAACUACUUCUACUUCACAGGCAAAAUUAGAAAAAGUACCCAAUUUACAGGCAAAAGCAGAAAAAGCACCAAAGUCACCUAAUUUACUAGUGAAGGCAGAAAAAAUACCCUGCUCAUCUGCAGCAACAGUAGCAGUAGCAGCAGCAGCAGCAAAGGCACUUAGUUCACAGAGGAAAGGAGAAAAAUCUAGUUCUCAGAUGAAAUCAGAAAAGGUGGCCUGUGUGAGUUCAGCAGACUCAGAAAAGGUGUCCAAUUCACAGUUUAAAGAAAAGAGACAAAUGGAAUUACAACAAACUGGAAAAAAAUUUCCAAACUCCUUUACUUCUGUGAACAAAGUGAAUAAUGAAACUAUACAGAGAGAAAAAUCUGCUCUGGAGAAAUUACCACAAUCUCAGAAGCAACAAACUCGAACAGAUAAUAAUGGUGAUUCUGAUGAUAGUGCUUCAGGAAUUGAAGAUGUAUUGGAUGAUUCAAGGAAAACGAAGAAUGAUGAAUGUAAUAAAGAAAACUCUUCAGAGAUGGAUUAUUUAGAAAAUGCUACUGUGAUAGAUGAAUCUACAUUAACACCUGAGCAAAGGCUAGGCUUAAAACAAGCAGAAGAACGUUUAGAAAGAGAUCACAUCUUUCGUCUUGAGAAACGAUCACCAGAGUAUACCAAUUGUCGAUACUUAUGCAAACUUUGCUUAAUUCACAUUGAAAACAUCCAGGGAGCUCAUAAACAUAUAAAAGAGAAACGACAUAAGAAAAAUAUUUUGGAAAAACAGGAAGAAAGUGAGCUUCGUUCUCUGCCCUCUCCUUCCCCUGCUCACUUGGCUGCUUUAAGUGCUGCAAUUGUUGAAGUAGCAAAAGAACAAGGAAUAACCAACGAGGACCUCAAAGCCCGGCAGGAAAUUGUGGAGGAAAUGUCAAAGGUUAUAACUGUCUUUUUGCCAGAAUGUUCACUUAGGUUGUACGGUUCUUCUUUGACUAAAUUUGCUCUAAAAAGUAGUGAUGUGAAUAUAGAUAUAAAAUUUCCUUCCACGAUGAAUCAUCCAGAUCUUCUGAUACAAGUGCUUGGAAUUUUAAAAAAAAAUGUAUUAUAUGUAGAUGUGGAAUCUGAUUUUCAUGCUAAAGUUCCUGUUGUGGUCUGCAAAGAUCGGAAAAGUGGUUUACUUUGUAGAGUGAGUGCGGGAAAUGACACAGCGUGUCUCACUACUGAUUUACUUGCUGCUCUUGGCAAAAUAGAACCUCUCUUUACUCCCUUGGUUGUAGCCUUUCGAUACUGGGCUAAGUUGUGCUAUAUUGACUCCCAAACCGAUGGUGGAAUCCCUUCUUACUGUUUUGUUUUAAUGGUGAUGUUUUUUCUACAACAAAGAAAACCCCCUAUUCUUCCUUGCUUACUUGGAAGUUGGAUUGAAGGCUUUGACCCAAAAAGAAUGGAUGACUUUCAGCUGAAGGGCAUAGUAGAAGAGAAGUUUGUGAAGUGGGAAUAUAAGUCAAGUAGUGGAACUGAGAAAAACUCAAUUGCUGAGGAAAACAAAGCUAAGGCAGACCAACCAAAAGAUGAUACCAAGAAGACAGAAACAGACAACCAAAGUAAUGCCAUGAAGGAAAAACAUGGCAAAUCUCCUUUAACAUUGGAAACACCAAAUCAGGUACCCCUGGGACAGUUAUGGCUAGAGCUGCUAAAAUUUUACACACUGGAUUUUGCUUUGGAGGAGUAUGUCAUAUGUGUACGAAUACAAGAUAUUUUAACAAGAGAGAACAAAAACUGGCCAAAAAGGCGAAUAGCCAUUGAAGAUCCAUUUUCAAUCAAGAGGAAUGUUGCACGGAGCCUAAACAGCCAACUUGUUUAUGAAUACGUUGUGGAGAGAUUCAGGGCAGCUUAUCGUUAUUUUGCCUGUCCUCAGAGGAAGGGUGGAAAUAAGACUACAGUGCACUUCAAGAAAAAAGAGAAGGGGAAAAUAAACAAUAAGAAACCAGUGAAGUCUGACAAUGUCGUGACCAGCUGUUCUGUUCUACUUGGGGAAAGCACAGAAAAAAUAAAUACAGAAAGAGGUCAAUCUGAUAAACAUGAUGAUGUGGAAUGUACAUCACAGAGAUGUAUUAUUAUUGACAAUGGCCAUUUGUUGGUAAAUGAACUAGGUUUGGCUGACCACAGACGGGAAUCUUCAUCUCUUUCUGUUGCCAAUGAAGACACUGAAUUAGAGCCAAAAUCAGUGAAGAAGAGAGAUGGCUUAGUGCCUUCAGAAACUUGUUUUAAGAAAGAGUUCAGCCAGUGUAAUUGCAUUGGGUCUGCUGAUCUAGAUGAGUCUGCUGGAACAGACUGCAGGUCAAAUUUAGAAAUAGAGAAUUCACACCAGAUUAUGUGCAUCGACACACCUGCUACCUCUUGCUACUGUAAAGCUACAGAAGCUUCUGACCUUAAUGAUGAUGAUAACCUACCGUCCCAGGAAUUAUAUUAUGUAUUUGAUAAGUUUAUUUUGACCUCUGGCAAGCCGCCAACAAUAGUAUGCAGCAUCUGCAAAAAGGAUGGUCAUUCAAAGAAUGAUUGCCCCGAGGAUUUCAGGAAAAUUGAUCUAAAACCUCUACCACCAAUGACAAGCCGAUUUCGGGAAAUACUUGAUUUAGUAUGUAAAAGAUGUUUUGAUGAAUUAUCACCACCUUUCUCUGAACAGUACAACAGGGAGCAAAUUUUAAUUGGCUUGGAAAAGUUUAUUCAAAAAGAAUAUGAUGAAAAAGCAAGGUUGUGCUUAUUUGGCUCUUCAAAAAAUGGAUUUGGAUUUCGUGAUAGUGAUCUGGAUAUUUGUAUGACCCUGGAAGGCCAUGAAAAUGCAGAGAAGUUAAAUUGUAAGGAAAUAAUUGAAAACUUGGCGAAAAUUCUUAAGCGACAUCCAGGUUUAAGAAACAUUUUGCCUAUAACUACUGCCAAAGUGCCUAUUGUAAAAUUUGAACACAGGCGAAGUGGCUUAGAAGGUGAUAUCAGUUUAUAUAAUACAUUGGCCCAACAUAAUACAAGAAUGUUAGCUACUUACGCAGCUAUUGAUCCUAGAGUACAGUACUUGGGAUAUACUAUGAAAGUGUUUGCUAAGGUAUUUNAUGGAAAACAGAUUCCACAAAGAAUGGUUGAUGGAUGGAAUGCCUUCUUCUUUGAUAAAACAGAAGAACUGAAAAAGCGUUUACCUUCACUUGGAAAGAACACAGAAUCAUUAGGUGAACUUUGGUUGGGAUUGCUUCGCUUCUAUACUGAAGAGUUUGAUUUCAAGGAAUAUGUAAUUAGUAUUCGUCAGAAAAAGCUGUUGACAACUUUUGAAAAGCAGUGGACAUCUAAAUGCAUUGCAAUUGAAGACCCUUUUGACUUGAAUCAUAACCUUGGUGCUGGAGUUUCUAGAAAAAUGACCAAUUUCAUCAUGAAGGCAUUUAUCAAUGGAAGGAAACUUUUUGGCACCCCUUUUUAUCCACUCAUUGGCAGAGAAGCUGAAUACUUCUUUGAUUCAAGAGUAUUAACAGAUGGAGAAUUGGCUCCUAAUGAUCGGUGUUGCCGUGUUUGUGGAAAAAUAGGCCAUUACAUGAAAGACUGCCCUAAAAGGAAAAGCACUUUCCUGUUUAGAUUAAAGAAGAAAGACAGUGAAGAAGAGAAAGAAGGGAAUGAGGAAGAGAAUGACUCCCGGGACAUCCAUGACACUCGAGACUUUAGAGACCCAAGAGACCUCAGGUGUUUUAUAUGUGGAGAUGCAGGACAUGUACGAAGGGAGUGCCCAGAGGUUAAGCUAGCCCGUCAGCGAAAUAGCGGUGUGGCAGCAGCCCAGCUGGUCCGAAAUCUUGUAAAUGCCCAGCAGGUAGCUGGUUCAGUCCAGCAACAAGGGGAUCAGUCUGUAAGGACUAGACAGUCUUCAGAAUGUUCUGAUUCACCAUCUUAUUCUCCUCAGCCCCAGCCAUUUGCACAGAACCCUUCCCAAUCAGCUGCUGUUACCCAGCCUCCACCCAAGUCAGGAUCCCAACCUAAGCUUGGCCCACCUCAGCAGGGAGCGCAGGCUUCCCAUCAGGUCCAGAUGCCCAUGUAUAACUUUCCCCAGUCACCACCAGCUCAGUAUUCUCCCAUGCACAAUAUGGGAUUGUUGCCAAUGCACCCUCUCCAAAUCCCUGCCCCAUCUUGGCCCAUUCAUGGCCCAGUAAUCCACUCUGCACCAGGCAGUGCCCCCAGCAGUAUUGGCCUCAAUGAUCCUAGCAUCAUUUUUGCACAGCCUGCUGCCAGACCCAUGGCAAUCCCUAGCUCCUCUCAUGAGGGGCACUGGCCUCGAACUGUGGCUCCAAAUUCCCUGGUGAACAACGGUGCAGUGGGGAAUUCAGAGCCAGGCUUUCGAGGACUCAAUCCUCCAAUUCCUUGGGAACAUGCACCACGCCCCCAUUUCCCCCUUGUCCCAGCUUCGUGGCCUUAUGGUUUGCAUCAAAACUUCAUGCAUCAGGGAAAUACAAGAUUUCAGCCCAACAAACCUUUCUAUACUCAAGCUGGUCUACCGAUCCACAGCAACCAGCCAAUCCUGCUGUCUCAAGGGUAUCCGUACCUCAAUGUCAGUUACAUUCAGCAGAAAAAGUGACAUUUAAUGGAAAGCAAAACAAAUCAGGUCUUGGUUUAAAAUUUUAACACGUUUAGAUAGCUUAUUUAAAUUCUAAGACUGUUUUUAAGCUGUAUUAUUUGUAUAUAAAUAUGAAGUAUAGUUUUUACUAGUAUCACUAGUUGAGUGAUACAAAUUUCAUCUAUUUUAUUACCCUAUUUUUAAGGGAAUUUUAUGUUUUGUUUAACCUUGAUGAAUUGUAUAAAGAGAGAAUUUAAAAAUUACAUUCUUUAUUUUCUAUUAGCUGUAUUCAUACUUUGGUUGCUUCAGACUUUAUAUAUAUUGUUCUUAAGAAUUAGGAAAGAAUUUCAUGUGUUUUAAAUUUGUCUCUUCUAUUCUUUACCGAACCUUGUAGUGCCAAAAACUUUUUAAAAGGUAAAAAAAAAAAAAAAAAAGAAACAACAUGAAGAUUAAAAAAAAUUUUUUACAUACUUGUAUAUUUGAACAUACUCAAAUGUGAACAGAAAGUUGCUUUUGCCUGUAUUUGCAGUUCUAU